GAUUCUAGCAACUGCUGGGACUGAUUUUGACCUGCGAACGCUGCGAGCCGUCCGAGUGUUGCGACCCCUGAAGCUUGUGUCAGGAAUCCCAAGCUUGCAGGUUGUCCUCAAGUCCAUCAUGAAGGCGAUGGUACCCUUGCUUCAGAUUGGGCUGCUCCUCUUCUUCGCCAUCGUGAUGUUUGCCAUCAUCGGGCUGGAGUUUUACAUGGGGAAGUUUCAUAAAACCUGCUUCUCUAAUGAGACAGGUGAUGAGGUGGGAGAUUUCCCUUGUGGAGAGGAGCCUCCUGCCAGGCAAUGUGAGAGUGGGACCACCUGCAGAGAGUACUGGCAAGGGCCCAACUAUGGCAUCACCAACUUUGACAAUAUCCUCUUUGCUGUGCUCACCGUCUUCCAGUGCAUCACCAUGGAGGGAUGGACUGACAUCCUCUACAAUACGAAUGAUGCUGCAGGAAAUACCUGGAACUGGCUUUAUUUCAUCCCUCUCAUCAUCAUUGGCUCUUUCUUCAUGCUCAACUUGGUGCUGGGCGUCUUAUCAGGUGAAUUUGCCAAAGAACGAGAGAGGGUAGAAAAUCGUCGAGCUUUCCUGAAACUCCGUAGGCAGCAGCAAAUUGAACGGGAACUAAAUGGGUACUUGGAGUGGAUCUUCAAAGCAGAGGAGGUCAUGCUGGCAGAGGAAGACAAGAACGCAGAAGAGAAAUCUCCUCUGGACGGGAGGGCCGCCUCGGAAGGGCCGAUUCAACAAGGCACGGCACCGGCAGAGACUAGCAGCGGCAGCAGCUACAACAUGUUGAAAAGAGCUGCAAUAAAGAAGAGCAAAAAUGACCUGAUUCAUGCUGAAGAAGGUGAGGACCAUUUCACAGACAUUUGCUCCGUUGGGUCUCCUUUUGCCCGUGCCAGUUUGAAGAGUGGGAAGAACGAGAGCUCAUCCUACUUCAGGAGGAAAGAGAAAAUGUUCCGGUUCUUCAUUCGGCGCAUGGUGAAAGCUCAGAGCUUCUACUGGAUUGUCCUCUGCGUGGUCGCCCUCAACACGCUCUGUGUCGCGAUGGUGCACUACGACCAGCCGGAGAAGCUCACCACUGCCCUGUAUUUUGCAGAGUUUGUUUUUCUGGGUCUGUUCCUUACUGAGAUGUCUUUGAAGAUGUACGGAUUGGGACCAAGAAAUUACUUCCACUCUUCAUUCAACUGCUUUGACUUUGGGGUCAUCGUGGGAAGUAUAUUUGAAGUUAUUUGGGCUGCAGUGAAACCGGGUACCUCAUUCGGCAUCAGUGUACUGAGAGCACUUCGACUGCUGAGGAUUUUCAAAGUAACAAAGUACUGGAAUUCCCUGAGGAAUCUGGUGGUCUCCUUGCUGAACUCCAUGAAGUCCAUCAUCAGUUUGCUCUUCCUGCUGUUCCUGUUCAUCGUGGUGUUUGCUUUGCUGGGGAUGCAGCUUUUUGGAGGACAAUUCAAUUUCCAAGAUGAAACACCAACCACAAAUUUCGAUACCUUCCCUGCCGCCAUCCUCACAGUAUUCCAGAUCCUGACGGGGGAAGACUGGAACGCGGUGAUGUACCACGGGAUCGAGUCACAGGGCGGUGUCCGCUCGGGGAUGUUCUCCUCCAUUUACUUCAUCGUCCUGACGUUGUUUGGUAACUAUACGCUCCUGAAUGUCUUCUUGGCUAUCGCUGUUGACAAUCUGGCAAAUGCCCAAGAGCUGACCAAGGAUGAGGAGGAAAUGGAGGAAGCCACCAAUCAAAAGCUUGCCCUGCAAAAGGCCAAGGAAGUGGCAGAAGUCAGCCCCAUGUCCGCAGCUAACAUUUCCAUAGCCGCCAAGCAGCAGAACUCCUCCAAAUCCAAGUCUGUUUGGGAGCAGAGGACCACCCAGAUUCGGAUGCACAAUUUCCGAGCCAGCUGCGAGGCGUUGUACAACGAGCUGGAUCCAGAGGAGCGGGUGCGUUACGCUACCACCCUUCACAUCAGGCCAGACAUGAAGACUCAUUUGGAUCGGCCGCUGGUGGUAGAGCCAAGGAGUGAAGGGAGGAACAACAUCAGCAAGCUGAGCCCCGUGGAUGUGCAGGAGGUGGAGCAGACCAAAGUCAGCUCUACUGAUGGGGCAGAAGCUCCACGAAAACACCACCGACAUCGGGAUAAGGAAAAACUGGGAGAGCAAGAGAAGGGUGAUGUGACCAAGGAUGAGAAUGGGGAAUCCGGAGCCAACAAUAAGGAGGAGCGGCACAGGCAGCACAGGAGCCGCAGUAAGGAGGUGGAAGGAGGGAGUAAGGAAGGGAAAAGUGAUCGCAACAGGAGUCAGGAAGGGGGAAAGAGGCAUCAUCGCCGAGGGUCGGUGGAAGAAGGCGCCGAGAAGGAGCACCGUAGGCAUCGGACUCACCGGCACUCUGCCGAACGACAAGGCAAGGAAGGCAAUGGGACAAUCAACGGGGCCAGGAGUGAGCGGCGUUCCCGACACCGGGGAGGGUCGAGGUCUGGGAACCGGGAAGGAGAGCCCGGGUCCAAGGGUGAAAAUGGAGAGGAGCCUCACAGACGGCACAGGUUCAGGAACAGGGCGCUGUCAACGUACGAUUCGGUGGAGAAGGACAACGGGGAGAAAGAGGUGGAGGCUGGUGAGAAGGAGCACCGGAAUCAUCAGCCCAAAGAGAAUCAGUGUGAGAUUGAAGCUAGUGGAAGUGUGAGUGUCCCUGUGCAUACCCUUCCCAGCACCUACCUACAGAAAGUGCCGGAGCAGCCAGAAGAUGCUGACAACCAGAAGAACGUGACGCGGAUGAUUCAGCCACCUCUAGACAAAACCACCACUGUGAACAUCCCUGUCACUAUCACUGCCCCGCCGGGGGAAACCACUGUCAUACCAAUGAACAAUGUUGAAUUUGAAAGUAAAAUGGAGGAGAAGAAAGAUGUUGAUGACUUGACGAAAAAUGGGCCUAAACCAAUCUUGCCUUACAGUUCCAUGUUUAUCCUAAGUCCUACGAAUCCGAUUCGCCGUCUGUUCCACUACAUCGUCAACCUGCGCUAUUUCGAGAUGGUCAUCCUCAUAGUUAUAGCCCUUAGCAGCAUUGCCCUGGCUGCAGAAGACCCUGUCCAAGCCGAGUCACCAAGGAAUGAUGCUCUGAAAUACUUGGAUUAUAUAUUUACGGGUGUCUUUACCUUUGAGAUGGUGAUCAAGAUGAUUGACUUGGGGCUGUUACUCCAUCCUGGCUCCUACUUCCGUGACCUGUGGAAUAUCCUGGACUUCAUUGUAGUCAGUGGGGCCUUGGUGGCGUUUGCCUUCUCAGGAACCAAAGGCAAAGACAUCAACACAAUCAAGUCACUGCGAGUUCUGCGGGUCCUAAGACCGCUGAAGACCAUUAAAAGGCUGCCAAAACUAAAGGCUGUCUUUGACUGCGUGGUGAAUUCCCUGAAGAACGUCCUCAAUAUCCUCAUAGUUUACAUGCUCUUCAUGUUCAUUUUUGCUGUCAUUGCUGUGCAGCUCUUCAAAGGCCGAUUCUUCUACUGCACCGAUGAGUCAAAGGAGCUGGAGAAGGACUGCAGGGGUCAGUACCUUGAUUAUGAAAAAAAUGAGGUGGAGGCACAGCCCAGGGAAUGGAAAAAAUACGAGUUUCACUACGACAACGUGCUCUGGGCUCUGCUCACACUCUUCACCGUCUCUACAGGCGAAGGUUGGCCAACUGUGCUGAAGCACUCGGUGGAUGCUACCUACGAGGAACAGGGUCCCAGCCCUGGCUACCGAAUGGAAAUGUCUAUCUUUUACGUGGUGUAUUUUGUUGUCUUUCCUUUUUUCUUUGUGAACAUCUUUGUGGCGUUAAUCAUCAUCACCUUCCAAGAGCAAGGAGAUAAAGUGAUGUCAGAGUGCAGCCUCGAGAAAAACGAGAGGGCCUGCAUAGACUUCGCCAUAAGUGCCAAGCCACUGACCCGCUACAUGCCUCAGAACAAGCAAUCAUUUCAGUACAAGAUGUGGAAAUUUGUGGUGUCCCCUCCCUUUGAGUAUUUUAUCAUGGUCAUGAUUGCACUCAAUACCAUUGUCCUAAUGAUGAAGUUCUAUGAUGCUCCAGAAGCAUAUGAAGAAAUGUUGAAAUGCCUGAAUAUUGUGUUUACAUCCAUGUUUUCAAUGGAAUGUGUGCUGAAGAUCAUUGCCUUUGGUGUGCUGAAUUACUUCCGAGAUGCCUGGAAUGUCUUUGAUUUUGUAACGGUGUUGGGAAGUAUUACUGAUAUUUUAGUAACAGAGAUUGCGGACACGGACAACUUCAUCAACCUCAGCUUCCUGCGGCUCUUCAGGGCAGCAAGACUCAUCAAGCUCCUUCGCCAGGGUUACACUAUCCGCAUCUUGCUCUGGACAUUUGUGCAGUCUUUUAAGGCCUUGCCUUAUGUGUGCCUCCUCAUUGCAAUGCUCUUCUUCAUCUAUGCCAUUAUUGGCAUGCAGGUAUUUGGAAACAUUGCGCUAGAUGAUGAAACAUCCAUUAAUCGGCACAAUAACUUCCGUACCUUCCUCCAAGCCCUGAUGCUUCUAUUCAGGAGUGCCACGGGGGAAGCCUGGCACGAGAUCAUGCUGUCGUGCUUGAGUAACAGAGCCUGUGACCCGCUCUCCGGCCUCACCAAAAAUGAAUGUGGCAGUGAUUUUGCCUAUUUCUACUUCGUGUCGUUCAUCUUCCUGUGCUCCUUCCUGAUGUUAAACCUCUUUGUGGCUGUGAUCAUGGACAAUUUUGAAUACCUGACAAGAGACUCCUCCAUCCUUGGGCCCCAUCAUUUGGAUGAGUUUGUUCGUGUCUGGGCUGAAUAUGACCCAGCUGCCUGUUGCCGGAUUCAUUAUAAGGAUAUGUACAAUUUGUUACGUGUAAUUGCUCCACCCCUGGGCUUAGGAAAGAAGUGCCCUCAUAGGGUGGCAUACAAGCGCCUGGUGCGGAUGAACAUGCCGAUCUCACCUGAAGAUUUAACUGUCCACUUCACGUCCACGUUGAUGGCCUUGAUCCGCACUGCCCUAGAAAUCAAACUCGCCUCAGGUGAGAGGGAG